AUGAGUAGCUUCCCUUUAAAUGAAGAAGAUUUGGUUUUUGAAUAUCAGCUUUUAAAGGAACCAGGAAAUUUAAUUCAUUGGAAAAGAUAUCUAGACGUAUAUAUUCAACAAUACAAAAAUUUGAAUUCUAAUGAUAGUAAAUAUAAAGAAGAUAAACGCCUUUUAUUGAGUAAAAUCGUUUGGUUAUACAAAAGAAUUAUCUCACAAUUCCCAAAAGAUGUUAAUUCAUAUUUUGAAUUUGUUUCAUUUUUAUAUAAUUGUUGCGAUUCAAAUACAAAAUUACAAAGACUUAUGCUACAUUAUAUGGUAGAAACCUUAAUACCAAAGUUAUUGCAAAAUGGAAAAAAUGAUAAAAAGUUACAACCUUUUUUGUUAAACUUAUUAAACUGGACAAUUGCUACAAAGGAUUCAUAUUUGAUUUGGAAAAUGUUAGAUUAUUCUCUAUCUUUAAAUUCACAGUUCCAUUCAACUGUUUGGAAACCUGUAUUAUCAUACGUUAAGGAAAAUUUAAAUGAAAGCAUCUUGGAUAAUGAUAUGUCGUUAAAAUUCUAUACAAAUGUCUUGAGACGUUACUUAAUCGUAUGUCCAAAAAAUCUAGAUCAGAUCAUAUAUUGGUUGGAAUUAAUUUAUAAAACAAAGGAUUUUGAAAUUAUUAAAGAAGUUUAUGAUCAAUAUUUACAUUUUGACAAUUAUAAUAUGUUGAAAAGAAAGAUUUCUUCUUUACCUUUUCAACUUUUAGAAAAUUAUAUGUAUACCCUACAUGAAUUAUCAUUGGACGACCAAUAUCUUUCCAUGUUAGAAAACUUAACGAGGGAUUACUCGGCGGAUGAUGAACAUUACUUUGAAAUUGUCGAAUUGUUAUCUAAUCAAUAUAUAAAAUUGUCAAAUAUGAAAAAAUUUAACGACCUACUACGGUCACAAUUAAAGACAGCUAAAUCUUUACAAUACUGGAUCAAGAUUUAUAACUUAUACUUAACCCUUUUGCAAAAUUGGUUAAACGAUAUACUUACAAUUGAAUCUAGAACUGACUCUAAUGAUAACAUAAAUGAGAACAUUGAAAUUUAUAAAAACCUUAUUAUUCAUAAGGAUCUGAUGUUAUCCGAUUUUAAAAUAAGUCAAAAUCCGAAUUUAAUUGAUAAUUGGUUCCAAAAAAUCAAUUCAAUUGAUAAACUAUCAGGAAUUAGUUCAAUUGAAAAGUUAACCAUGAAGUUUGAAGUAUAUGCUAAUGCAAUUGAAACUAUAAAUGAAAGUUUUACUUCCCUGAUGCCUGGUGAUUUAGGCAAAUUGUGGUGCAAUUAUGCUAAUCUAUAUUGGGAAAAUAAUGAUUUUGAUUCAGCAAGAACUGUUUAUAAUACCGCAAUCAAAGUUCCUUUCCCAUUCUUAAAAGAUUUGGAAGAUAUUUGGUUGAAUUGGUCAGAGAAUGAAUUCUCAUUAAGUAAUGGCGAUCCAUCUCUUUCAAUAAAGAUACUAGAGCGUGCCCUUAGCGUAGAAGGAAAUCCAGAGUUACUAUUUGAAAAAUUUAAGGAAAAUAAGUCAUUAAAUCAUGACAAAAAAUCUCUAAUACCGUCACAGACUGUUUUGUUUACUUCACUAAAACUUUGGUCAUUUUAUUUGGAUCUUUUAGAAUCUUUAUACAUUGAUGGGUGUGAUUCUAAAACAAUUGAGUCGAUAAUAAAAGCAUACGAGAGAUCGAUAACACUAAAAGCUGCUACACCAUUGACUUUUAUCAACUAUGCUCAUUUUUUACAAAAAGUUAAUAAGAUAAUGGAAAGCUUUCAAGUCUAUCAAAGGGCCUUAAGUUCUUUCCCUCCAAGUACCCAGUAUUUUAUUUGGUCUACAUAUUUAAAUGAAGUGAUAGAGCAAACUACAGAAUUAUCAAAUGAGCAUGUCCGUGAGUUAUUUGAUCAAUCGUUGUCUACAUUAAAGACAAACAAUAUCAAUUGUACCACAAUAGUAUGUAUGUAUAGCAAUUUUGAGGAGACAAAAAUGCAUAUGUAUAAAAGGAGUGUUGAUAUAAUUUUCAAUACAUUAAAUGAAUGCGAUUCCUCGACAUCACCUUUCUCAUUAGAAUUGAAAGAUAAGAUUUCUCUAUGGGAUUUGGCUAUUGAAAAGACUAGAAAACUAUUAGGUACAAUGUCCUUAAGACCUAUUUAUGAAAAAUGUAUCCUAUCUUUACCAAAUUCGAGGGUUAUCCCAUAUAUUAUUAAUUUUUGUAAAGUUGAAGAGGAAUUGAAUGAAAUUUAUCGUGCCAGAGAAAUAUUAACAUUUGGAUCAAAGCUAUUACCGCCAAGCAAAAAUGAAGACUUAUGGAAUUAUUGGGAUAAAUUUGAAUUGAAUCAUGGUGAUAAAUCAACUUAUAAAGAAAUGUUAAAACUGAAGAAAACUUUGGAAGACGAAAUGGUUAUAGAUACAGAAGAAAUAACAAAGGAUGAAGAUAAAGUUCAAUUCAUUCAAUCUUCAACUAAACCGAUUAAAGAUCGUGAUGAAAAAUUAAAUCCUGAUGAGUUGGAAUUAGAUUUAUAA